AUGAGAAACGAGGAGACGACGCUGACCAAUCGUUUGUACGGGUUGGAAGACUGCGAGGGACAGAAACGAGACGCGGGUGUUGAGAAAAUGACUGGUGGGGAGCUGUUCAGUCAAGGGUGGAAGGGGAAUGGGUUCGCUGUGUCGACGACGACGCUUCGUACGGCUGCGUGGCGUGAUGGUGAUACAAUAGUUAUCGAGAUUGCUGGGGUGGAGGAGGGUUGUGAUUGGAGUCGACGUUUAAACGGAUGCGAGCAUGGAUACGGUGACGGAGCGCAAGUGUUGAUAUCGAACGUUGAAAGAUGUUGGGCAUGGGUCGUGCAAGCUGCAUUGGGAGUGUCGGGGUAG